AUGUAUGGCUAUGUCCCUACUCGCGCUGUCGGCAUCAUCUUCCUAAUCCUCUUCGUCUUUUCUACCGGCCUUCAUUGUAUACAAAUGAUAAAAUAUCGGAUGUGGUUCAUAAUACCGACGGUCAUCCUGUGCGGCUUUCUCGAGUCCAUCGGCUGGGGAGCUCGCCUGUGGUCGAGCUGGGAGCCGCUCGAGAGCAUGCCAUUCAAAAUCCAAAUCUCGACGACCGUUCUCGGCCCAACACCUCUCCUCGCUGCCAACUUCGUCAUCUUUGGAAGGAUUACAAGGCAGUUGGGCCCGGCUUAUUCCAGGAUCCGACCUCGAACAUAUACUGCGCUCUUCUGCGGUAUUGACGUUGUAUCUCUCCUCGUUCAAGGCGGUGGCGGUGGAAUCGCAUCUUCAGCGAAAGACCAAGAGGGAGCUCAAUUGGGAUCCAACGUGAUGUUAGGCGGCAUCAUCCUUCAAGUCGUCGCCAUCCUUGGCUUCAGCAUCACUGCAAUCGAAUACCUUGUCCGAUACAACAAGCGCUCGCCCUUCAGAGGAGAUAUUAUGCGUGACGCCGCCACUGCCGAUGCCGAAGAUGGGGUCAGAGGACGCUUCCGCCGGGAGCUGAAGAUCAUGGUUUACGCUCUCGCUGUCAGCAUAAUCGUUCUCUUUAUUCGGCAAGUCUCAUAUUGA